GCAACAACAGGGACGUGUUCAAAUCUACACAAACCGGCGUACAAAAAGAAAAAUUGACCAAAUGGCGAAAUUUGCUGUGAUACUUGCCGUGGCGUUGUUUUCCUUCACAACCAAAGCUAAGCCUUUGGACGAUGUUUGUUCCGAGUGGUCACUGCAGAACGGCGUUGGAUUCAUUACUCACAAGGACUGCGACAAGUUCAUCCAGUGCUACGAGGAUGGAUUCGGAAAAGUAGUUGGCGUAGUCCAGCAGUGCGCGUUCGGUACAGAAUGGAAUCAAAAACUGCUAACUUGCGUAGAUUCGUCUAUCUCGACGUGUCCAUCAACAUCGGAUAAAUGUUACCAGUUGAGCAAUGGGGACGAGCGCAAAGCCGUCGGUAAUUGUAGGGGUUACUGGGUUUGCACAAACGGCGAUUCUAUUCCAGAAUGCUGCCCAAUUGGUCAGUAUUAUAAUGAAACGAAUGGAUGCACAGACACGGACAAUGACACCGAAUGCAACGCAAAAUGUUUCAAUGAUGACUGGAACGUUGAUCUAAUUUUAAAUCCUAGAUUAGAAUUCAAUGACACUACUGAAACUACCACGACGACAAAACAGCCAUGCAUUAACAAGCGAGCGAUCACGGGGAUUUCGAUACAGUACGAGGAGUACAUUGUCGGUUUCGGUUGGAUCUCCCGACCUUGCCCAGUAGGCCUCCAGUUCGCACAAGAUGACUGCGAAUGCACACAGGUUGUAUCCGUCUCACAGCCCUCCGCAUGCACUCGCGAAAUAUAUCUGCCGUUUAACGAUAACCAUUACGAUCAAUCUGGCAAGAUGAAUUACAUCCGUAACGAAAACGUUGUCAUCGAGAAUGGCAAGGCCGUUUUUAAUGGUCUUAAUAGCCAGCUGAUUAUCCCAAGAUUCACCAACGUGGACGCUCCAACGAUUGUUGUGAAAGUCGUGUACACUUCUGACCACGAGAGUCUUCUCCAAGCGCAGACCAUUGUUGCCGACAGCAAUUGCGGAAAUGACUCGUCUGUCGUCAUCAUCGAAGGCACCAGCGCUGUCCAUUACACCGUGGGUACGAAUAUAGGAGACAUUAACUUCAAAAACACCUUGUCUGUGCACCAGACUGCCUCAAAAGAGAAGGAUAUCGUCUUCAGCUUCCACAAGGGGGUGCUGACAGGAAAGUUAGGUGAUGAAGUGACAGUUUCUGACAAUAUACAAGGUGAUCUCCGUAGCGUCCAUUGUGCUCUCCACAUUGGUAACUCUGAUAUGGUCAGCGGGGGCUGGUUCAAAGGAGAGAUCGAUGAGUUGUCCAUCUAUCUUUGCGCAUAAAAUCUAUUUCUUUAUGUAAACGGAUUUAGUUACGAUAGUAUGCAUUUUCGAAAAACAUUUAUAAAUGCAUAAGUUAGAAUAAAUUUAAAACAAUCUAAACUGUAAGUUAACUUUACUUAUAAAAAAGUAAGUAUUAUAAUAUAAAAGAUUAUUUAUAUACAUUUUUAGAAAUUGAACGCACUUGAAAUAGUUUUCUCCUGUGUGCUUUUACAUGUUUUGUAUGUAUCCAUAGCUAUUUUACAAAGUGAUUAUGUUAACGAUGAUCUUCAUGUGGGUGCCGAUAAAUGUAUGUUAUAAUAUGGCAUGUAGAAGUCAGUAUGUGUUGUUAGACAUGUACACAUUCCUGUAUGAUGAAAUCCUGAACAAUAAAAUCUGUAUAAAUAUA